AUGGACAAAUUGCUCCCACAAAUUGAAACCUUUCAGUGCGAAUAUUUCAAUGCUGGUGGUUCAACUAAGGACAGAAUAGCGCUUCGAAUGGUCGAGCUUGCAGAAUCGGAUGGAAGAUUGAAGCCCGGAAUGACUUUGAUUGAACCAACGUCGGGAAAUACCGGUAUCGGGCUAUCCCUUGCAGCCGCUGUGAAAGGAUACGGUUGCAUUAUCGUGAUGCCUGAAAAAAUGUCCAAAGAAAAGGCGCUGACAGUGGAAGCGCUCGGGGCGAAUAUCGUCAGGACUCCGAAUGAUGCAGCGUUUGACUCGGCCUACUCCCACAUUGGUGUGUCGCUGCGACUACAGAGUGAAAUCCCUGGCGCAAUAAUCCUUGACCAGUACCGAAAUAUUGGAAAUCCCUUGGCUCACUACGAACAGACCGCCGAGGAAAUAAUUGAUGGUUUAGACGGCAAUGUUGAUUACGUGGCACAGGUGGAAACAGUUACAGGUGUCGCGAAGAAAAUAAAGGAGAAAAUUCCACACUGUGUGGUCGUAGGUGUGGAUCCCGAAGGUUCAAUUCUAGCCGAUCCCACUAAAGGCGAAACAGCCUUUUAUGAAGUUGAAGGGAUGGGAUACGAUUUUGUUCCCGGAACCCUGAACCGAGAUGUGGUCGACAGAUGGUUGAAAUCGACUGAUAAGGAGUCAUUCGAAGCAGCCCGUGAGCUCAUCCGUAAAGAAGGAAUUCUGUGCGGAGGUUCUUCGGGCUCGAAUAUCCACGCUGCUUAUGAGAUUGCUCGUGGUCUACCGGCGGACAAAAACGUUGUGGUGGUUCUACCGGACGGCAUCAGAAAUUACUUAACCAAGUUUGUGAGCAACGACUGGAUGUUGGUGAGACACUUCGACGUGACUGGUGGGGAAAACUAA